GGAGAAGCUGGGCAUCUAUGAGAGUGUGAACAUCAUCACCCCCCGGGAUGCUGCCACCCUCUUCCAGGCGGAGGGGACGCUGCCGGAGCGCUUCAGCGUGCCCCCAUGGGUGGCUUACCGUGCCUACCGCAACAAGCCCUAUGGCGUGCUCCUCAAACAAGUAGAGGACAACUCAACGCUGCUGAUUGAUAAAACACUGUUUAUCAUCUACUGGUCACCAACUUCGGACAAGUGCAUACACAACGUCUACCGGGACCUGCGCCUGCAGCGCAAGAGCACCACGGAGUACAUGGGCAUCCUCGGCAGACUCAUCAUGCCGGACAAGCUGCCCCUGGAUGCACUGGCCCCGGCUGUGCAGGAGCUGCUGCGGGCAGAGUUCCUGGCUGCCAAGCGGGAGGCAGCGGGAGACAGGGUGAAGAUGCUCAAGACCAUCCGGCUGCUCAAAGCUGCCAUCAAGGAGACACUGAGGCUGCACCCUGUGGCAGUGACCCUGCAGAGGUACACCACACAGGAGGUCAUCCUCCAGGACUACCGCAUCCCUCCCAAGACGCUGGUACAGGUCGGUCUCUACGCUAUGGGCCGGGAUCCUGAGGUCUUCCCCAAGCCGGAGCAGUUCAUCCCGCAGCGCUGGCUGGGCGCUGACCCCAAGCACUUCAAGGGGCUGGGCUUUGGUUUCGGCCCCCGGCAGUGCCUGGGGCGCAGGAUCGCUGAGCUGGAGAUGCAGAUCUUCCUUAUGCAGAUCCUGGAGAACUUCAAGAUCGAGACCAUGAGAGCAGUGGAAGUUGGAACCAAGUUUGACCUCAUCCUUAUCCCAGACAAACCCAUCUACUUGACCUUGCGGCCGCUCGAGUCCCCGCUGUGA